ACACGGCGAUCAUUUUCAUUCCCGGCUUCAGCGAGAGCCGCCGUCCAUUAACCUCUUCAGCGUUGCCUUUUCCACCGCUCCUCCUCGCUCACGAUCCUCGUUCGAGCUCCGGGCGAAUGCUUUGGAGUUCUUCUGUCAAAGCGGCUCCUUUCUUCUUAUGGUUCGUAGAAAGGGGGAGGGACUAGGCGCUGGAUGAGAUCAUUCGCCUCUUGCGCGUUCCUUUCGCUGAUGCUCCUCCUCGCCAUCGAUCCCUUUUCGAGCUCCGGACUGCGUCCCUAGUGGGCGAUCGGUACCGAUCCGUUGUAACUCCGUGGGCGAAGGCUUUGCAGUUCUUCCUUCAGAAUGGUUCCUUUCGUCUUGUAGUUCGAGGAAAUGGGGAAGGACUAGGUGGUGGCUGAGAUGACGAAGCGCUCUCUCCCAUUGCCCUUCAUCUUAUUUCUUCCCAUCGCUGUGUUCUCCUUCUUCAGAUUCCGGGCGGCGUUCCUCGGUUAUCCCAGCGCCGGGCCGCUGCCGGGGGACGCCCCCUCGGUGGCGCCACCUCCCUUCCCCAAUGUGACGCUGCUUAGUUUGGCGGCGGAGGAGGUCGGGGAGGCGGAGCUGAGGAAGGACGUCGAGAACCUCCUCCAUGGGAGCUUUGUUUCGGUUUCUGACGGUGGCGGUGGGAGGAGGUUCCGGUCCUACUCAUCCUGGCGGCAGGACAACCACUUCGAGGGGCGGACGCGCAUGAAGCUCCCGUCCCAGUUCCACGCCCCCAAGUACUAUCAUUUCUUCCCCGAGUUCCGCCGCUCGCUGCGUGACUGGUUCCGGAGCCGCCGCUUCCAGCCGGAGGUCAUGUUAGAGCUCGCUCGGCUCGUCAAGAUUCCCAUCGAUCACCACUAUGGCCGCCCCGGCUCCCAGCAGCUGUUUGGCUCCUGCGCCGUGGUCGGCAAUAGCGGCAUCCUAAUGAACAACGAGCAUGGCGAGCUGAUCGACGGUCAUGACCUCGUUAUCCGGCUCAACAAUGCCCGCAUCCAGGGAUACCACCGCAAUGUCGGCUCAAAGACCGGCCUUUCUUUCAUCAACAGCAAUAUACUUCAUGCCUGCGCUCGAAGAGAGAGCUGCUUCUGCCACCCCUAUGGCGAAAGCAUCCCCACGGUCAUGUACAUUUGCCAAGCUCUUCAUUUUCUAGACUACGCCGUCUGCAAUUCCUCGCACAAGGCGCCGAUCCUCAUCACCGACGUCCGGUUUGACAUGCUCUGUGCCAGGAUUGUCAAGUACUAUUCGCUGAAGCGGUUCACCGAGGAGACAGGGAAGCCCCCAGACGAGUGGAAGAAUGUCCAUGAUGAGAAGUUGUUCCACUACUCGUCUGGGAUGCAGGCCGUGAUGCUUGCAGUGGGAAUCUGUGACAAACUUAGCAUCUUUGGGUUCGGGAAGUCAUCGGAGGCAAAACACCAUUACCAUACCAACCAGAAGAAGGAGCUGGAUUUGCAUGACUAUGAGGCAGAAUAUGCCUUGUAUCAUGACCUGGUUGAGUGGCCACAGGUAAUACCUUUCCUCAAGGACUCCGGCUUUGAAGUUCCUCCAGUAGUGUUUUAUCAUUGAGGUGUUUGUCUUGAUAUGGUUGGACUCUUGAAGUUGUCCCAACCGGUAGAAGAAAUCUGGAUGAUAUGUUUCUUGAGGCAAAGUUGCAGUGGUAGUGGCAAUAUAGAAGAAAAAGUAAAAGGAGAUUGUUAUAUGAGGUUAGAGAUCUUCGUACACCGUUUUGCAGUUUGCAGUUUGCAUUAUUCAGCUACAAGCUGAAAAUUGCUGUUUGCUCACAAGGAUGAAUAUGAUUCUAUCUUUUAGUUCUCAAUAUGGUCAUUCUAUCCAAAUGAUCCAGUAUGUGUUUAACAUGUGUUCUUUGAGCAGUUAUGCUGCUUGCAUUUUAUCAAACUCAUCGUUGGAAGUGACACAUGCUUAAAAGGUUUUCUAGUUAGACUCUCUAUAUAAUGACUAAUUUAUGCUCCACAAAUUCAGGUCAUGUUCUCUACAACAAACAUCCUGUGGCCAGCUGCAGGUUUUUGUAUCUUAUGCUACUCAUUAGUUAUGCAUGCAUGCUUUGAUUUUCUUGGACAUAUCUUAGUGAUUUGGUCUUGCUAUAUGCAUAUGUUCAUUGACAAAUUCAUCAGAUCCGACAUCUAGAAGCAUAUCUUCUUGUCGAUCUGGCUCUCUAUGCAUCAUUUGCAGUAACAGUUAUCCUGUGCUAGUUCAAUAUACACAUUUGCAUCAAAGACUGGUUCAACCACAGAAGGUGGAUGCUGAUGACAUCUCUUGCUUCCUGCGAUGCAUGCAGCAGUUAUGAUUUACAAAUGGGACAUGUUAUGUCAUUUUCUCUGUCAUCAUUGCCUUCCAAAAUCCUUUUCUUUAGGAAAUAUGUAUAUUGGUAAUUAAUGUUUUACUAAUCAGAAUCAGUGGUACUGAAUUUUCUUCUCUUUAUACAGCUUCAAGGCACCAAAUUUCUGAUAGAAAAUUAGUUACAUUCUGUAUUUU